AUGCUGUGCGCUAUCAUCUAUCUAUCUAUCUAUCUAUCUAUCUAUCUAUCUAUCUAUCUAUUUACUUUUGUUCAUUAUUUACCUAUUUAUCUAUUUAACUAUCUUAUCUGGUUAAUAUCUAUCUAUCUAUCUAUCUCGCCUUUUUAUAUCUAUCGAGAUAGCGAAUUUGUUUAUCGCUGUGGAUGCUAUCCUCUUUCGCCUCACCUGCUAUCCUCUUCUACCUUGCCUGCUAUUCUCUUCCGCCUCACCUGCUAUCCUCUUCUAACUUGCCUGCUAUCCUCUUUCACCUCACCUGCUAUCCUCUUUCGCCUCACCUGCUAUCCUCUUUCGCCUCAUCAUAUCCUCUUUUGCUAUCCCCUACUGCCUCACCUGCUAUCCUUUUCCUUGCUUUUUUCGCCUAACCUGCUAUCCUCUUCUACCUUGCCUGCUAUCCUCUUUCGCCUCCCCUGCUAUCCACUUCCGCCUCACCUGCUAUCCUCUUCUACCUUGUCUGCUAUCCUCUUCUGCCUCAACUGCUGUCCUCUUCUACCUUGCCUGCUAUCCUCUUUCGCCUCACCUGCUAUCCUCUUCUACCUUGUCUGCUAUCCUCUUCUGCCUCAACUGCUGUCCCAUCCUCUUUCGCCUUCUAUCCUCUUCACCUUUGUCUGCUAUCCUCUUCUGCCUCAACUGCUGUCCUCUUCUACCUUGCCUGCUAUCCUCUUUCGCCUCACCUGCUAUCCUCUUCUACCUUGCCUGCUAUCCUCUUUCGCCUCACCUGCUAACCUCUUCUACCUUGCCUGCUAUCCUCUUUCGCCUCCCCUGCUAUCCACUUCUGCCUCACCUGCUAUCCUCUUCUACCUUGUCUGCUAUCCUCUUCUGCCUCAACUGCUAUGCCUGCUAUCCCUCUUUCGCCUCACCUGCUAA